AUGGUGGAAGCACACGAACCCGCCAGUAAGCUCUUCUCAAAGAGCCGCUGGAAGACCAAGAUUCUCGACAAGACCAACGAGCUCGCCGCCGCCAACGCGAAGAACAAGGCCGUCGACAACAAGGUUGACAACGACGACCUCAGCGCCUUCCUCAAGCCCUCGACAGACCGUGCCGCCCAGCAGCUGCAACAGCAAGAGGCCGCCGCUGCUGCAGCCGCCGCCUUUCUCAACCGCCCCCGCAUAGAUGUUGCCAGUGCCCAGCGCUGGCCUGGUGCCCAAACCAUUCUCAACAGCGCAGCAGCAAAGAGUCCAGGUCCGGGGGGCUUGAAGUCGGGCACGCGCAAAAAGGGCCUCACCGUAGCUUUUGUGCGCACCGUCCCAGACAUUAUAGGCCACGGCGGCGACGAGUGUGAGGACCCCGCCAUCGAGGUAGCUAAGAACAAGAAGCUCGCGAAUGUGCCCGCCGUCGAGCAAUUGCCCUCCGAGGUGCCGCAGCACGACACCAUUCCCAGCCCCCGCCUCAAUGGCAUUGGCCGCGCCCCUUCACAGACGGAAUACAGGUCACAGGCACAGACAGAGUACAAGACAAACCUUACCAGGACACGCACAAAUCCCGGCGAGCUGUCCCCUCCUCUGAACCAGAAGAUGCAGCUCGGCCAAAUCACCACCACCGCACAGCUCCCUCCCACCCCGCCGCGACACUUGGGCCCCAUGGGCCUCGGCGAACGUCCCAAGGGCCUCUUGCGCGCGCCUACUGGUUUCGACUCCAUAAUAGAACCCGGAAUGCACCAGCCCACGAGGCGGUCGAGCGAAGACUCGACCUACUCGCAAGAUUCAGACAAUCUCUCGCCCGUCGUAUCCAAGGCAAUGUCUGCACGGGAGCCCACGAUUCAAGAGGAGGAGGAUGAUUUCCGACCAAAGUCGCUCAAGCGCAGCCAGACUGGCUUUAGCACCGUGGGUCAGCAACUCGAUGACGAGCCUGCAGUUCCGCAAAUGCCCGACCUUCAUGGAAUUGGACAGGAAGAUGAUGCGCAUGCUUCUUUUGCGGCAAGAGUCAAGCAAAAAAUGCGUUCAGAGGAGGGUAGGACCUUACACGAGGCCGCGCAGCGUGCAGCAUCCGGCGAACGGCGGGAUUCAGAAGAGAGCUCACAGCGCUCCGUUCCAGGGACGCCCCUCAGCAACGCACACAUGGACUCGAGGACAUCACCACGCAGAGGGCUUGAGACUGAAGACCCCCAACGAUCAAGAGCCCGUGGGCCAUCUCCCGGACAGAGACCACUGGCAUACCCGCACGAUAUGGACGCGCGCGUACCCUCGUCAGGUUCACCGCAGUAUACACCUUCUGUCGCUUCACAAACCCCCGCCUCACCCCUUUCUCGAUCCGAUCCUUUCUCCAACUCGUCCAUGCAACGAGCAGCCUCGGCCGCCAACAAACCCCAUCCUCAAGCUUUUGAUGAAAUGCCUCGUGUCUCCAGCCCGCCUCAACCUUUGGCAGGAACAUCAACUUUUCAACAACAGUCUUCGCCACCGUCCUCGAUACCCGCAGCGCUUGCAAUGCCCUCAGGGCCACCAGGUGCUCAAAUGGCAUCACGCAGUGCUUCUGGAUCCACAAAACCUGCUACCUCACUCGCUCGCUCCGACACAAAAUCUGCGAAUGAACUGGCAUAUCGCGACUUUGCCGAGCGCGUAACCCACAUGAGGGGCAUCUUUGAGCUUACAGCCCAGCUUGGUGGCAACAUUUACAAUCACACCCCUAUGCAAUGGCUUCGAGUCGCCACUUGGUGGUUUCUAAAAGGGCGUACUGGAAUGGAAAAUCUUAUUAGGAGCCAACACAAGUCCGCCGAGCCGCCACAGGAGCGACUCGCCCAGCCUCACGUCGAUUUGGCCAAGGUGUGGUGGAUUAUAACUAAAGUCCUCCCGAACCACCCUGGCCUGCAAAAGUACGGCGAUGGAUCUCCUGACGCCCAAGUCGAACUCGCUCGACAGGCAGGUGAUGCUGCGGGCGCAGAGGUUUACGACAUCCAGAAUGCCAUUGGCCACUACAUGAAGUUGCUGGUCGGAUCGAUGAAGAAGCACCAUAGCAUGCCUCCUACACAGGCCCUCAUCCAGGGCCAGGACCAGGCGAUAUGGGAAGAAUACCCAUCAUUUGCUCCCGAUGCUGCCACUAUACUCAGCUCUGGGCUCGCCGGCCAGCCCGGCGGUCAGCAACAGGUCAGCCUUUCGCAGUACAUUCCUCUUUCCGACACCAAAACCGAAUUUUGCUACUUCCGCAUGUUUGUCAAAGCUUCGUUAUCAACCGAUGACCCUGCCACAGAUCGCGUGCCAAUGAACGUCGUCUUGUCCGUGUUGCGACCCAAGGAGGAAUACUCGGCCAAGCUCGCUAUUUGCAGUCAAAAUAGUCUAAUCAAUAUCCUGGUUGGCCCGGGCUCAGCCAUCACAUGGAGAGACGUCAACUGGAAACAACAAAUGAACCAGAUUACUGUGCAGCUACGACAUGGAUUUCUUCUUACGCUUGCCCUGCAUGAAGCGGAUUUCCGAAGUCUGUGGUCUAUUGUCAAUCACACUAGCCGGGUAGAGUCGGAUCUACGAGAGCGAAGAGACGAACGAUUCGCGUGCAAGAUGUACCUCCGCGAAGCCAUGUACAAGGACCCAGCAAAUCCAUCCAUGUUCUCACAGGAACGAGUACCAGGCUGUAGGCUACUAGUGUUCCAGAGGAUUGAACGUAGCAGUGAAGGUACUGGAAAGAGGAAACUGCACCGAGGAUACCGAAUGGUACUGGUCACGCCGCAGCAGCACAAACAAGUCAGCUUGGUUAACCAUGAGCUUGGAACGAAGCAGGAGCCCAUGAACUUUGAAUACGUCACUGAGCCAGACCAAGCUCCAGCCCUGAGACUACGUUUUCGCGAAGAGGGGCCGAACAAGCAGUUCAGGAUGUGCGUGGCCCACCUAGUCUUCCAAGAAAGCAAGGAUCGCAACAACCUCUUUGGUACAUUCACUUCUAUGAAUGUUGCGCCUGGUGAAACCACUUUUGCUCAGGUCGCGCUCAAGGGAUUCCACAUUGAGAGUGCCGACGAGACAGAGGGCUUCAGCCAAAACGGGAGUCGCGUACUAGAAAAGUUGCAGUGGGUCGAGGCCAAGGUGAUGAAUCAAGAUCCUGAGGCUGCAGGAUUGGAGUCGGCGCCUACUGUCAUGAGCGAGAGCUUGAGGAUCAUGUGCAGACAUACCGCAGGUAUUGUCUCUGACCGUUUGAACUUGGGUCCGGGUGAACUUUUGGUUCGCCUUCCAGUCGACGGUUCUCCUGAACUUACACUGCUCCGCGAGCCCCAGCAAGACAUGGCCGUUGCCAUUGAUGGCAGUCGAACCGAUCCCGCUGUUACUGAAGAUCUCGCAAAGUUACUCCAGACGCUCACGAGCGCUUCAACGAUUCGACGCCUGGCUUUUAACUCGUUUAAUGAUUUGCAUACUUUCCAGCUCGCUGUGACUGGGUUCCAGGUCAAGUUUGACGGGCUCGCAGCUUCAUUCUCUAUCUCGCGUCGUCGCAUGGUCGUUCCCAUCUACAAGCAGUGGACCGCUACCCGCCUUCGUCUCCAGAUUGUCGAACAAGACAACAUUAUCCAGCUCCUCGCCUUCUUCGAAGACUUUUCGCACGCCGAUGCCAUGAACUUCCAACUCCGUCUGACUGACACAUUUGAAAAGUCGGACAAGGGAGGCAAGUUUGGUCUCAAGCUCGUCGAUGCCAAGUUUGCGCUGCCCGUGGAUGAACGCCGAGGCGAGGGCAAGAUCCAAAAAGCCGAAGGCAGAUUGACAGGAUGGUCUGGUGUCAAGAGGCGCUUUGUGUGCUUGGAUGAAAUUGAAUAUCCUGGUGAACAUGACGAUAUUCUCAUCAUGUUUGACUCUGCAGAGACGCGUGAUUGUUUCGCCGACGCUCUCCCUGCUGCAACCAUGGAGCGCAAAUUCACUGUCCGAAGGAAGAUUUAA